AUGUUCUCCGGCUUCGAGGCGGUGGAGUGUGCGCCUCGGAACUCCACUGCGGAUCCCAGAUCAGGGGGCAGCUCAUCCCACCUGUCUCCCACUCCUACCCUAGUCACCCCUCCUGAUAAGGCCAAGCGCAAACACAAACCAGCGCCCGUACCCUGGGGCUAUAAGCUCCACCCGUCCGGCAAGGGAUACUAUCGCGUCGCGACCCCCCAACAGCUUCAGGCUCAUGGGGGCGGUUCCAGGAGAAGAGGGAAGGAUGGCUAUGUUGGCGGCGCGACUGGAGGAUGGGGCGGAGGAGAUGGCGGUUGCGGCGAUGGUGGGGGAGGCGGCGGUAGUGGUGGAGGCGAUGGAGGUUCCUAG